ACUACCUUGAAUCGAACUUCGUUGCAUUUGUUUUGCUCUAGUUCGUAACUCCGAUCGACUUCGCGAAAAGCCUGCCAACGACGUUAGAGCGAUUACUUCAACAAUGGCAAACUGCAUGCUACGUAGUUCUCUGUCCAAGCCAGCCAUGGCUUUCGCUCGUUCUCUCGUCGCUGGCCAGGCUGUCGCUAGAGCGCCAUUUUUCUCAGCUACAUUACUAACUCCAGCACGUAAACCGCAAGUAUUCUCUACCACAGUGCGAAACUUCACCGUUUCUCCUGUGCGCUGUUCCAGUGGCGGGAGCCAUGUAACGCUAUGGAAUGCUGAGCGAGCCCUAUCACUGGCCCUUCUUGGAGUAGUUCCAGUGGGUCUUAUGUUUCCUUCCCAAGUUGGUGACACUUUGAUCGCUGUUAGCGUCGUUAUGCAUCAGCAUUGGGGGUUGGAAGCCAUCGUAACCGACUACGUCAGGCCGAUUCUGUUUGGGACCACUGUCCCGAAGAUGGCCCAUGGUUUGUUGCUUGUCGUGUCUGCCGCCACCCUUGGAGGACUGUUUUACUUUAACUAUAACGACAUCGGCAUUGCGGGUUUCGUGAGAAAAAUCUGGGCAACCAAGGCUAAAGAAUAGAAGACAGGCCUCUUGUACAGAUGUAUGGACAAUAGUUCGUUAAAUUAUUGAAAACCAAAUUUAUUGUAAAAUAGGUCUCAGCAACCCCUUUCUGGGUCGUCAACUUGCGAGACGCACUGCUAAAUAAAACAUCCU